AUGGUGAACCCAAAGUAUAACAAGAAGAAAUGGAGAGAACGCGAGCAGACUAUCAGUUUGAGAGACAUGCACGCCGACUAUCGUACUAUUGCAAGAGAAGAAGCAAGAUCAGCUAGAAUUGGACUGAUAGAGGACUUGCACGAAGCUACGAAGGGCAAGAGUGAGGCUCUGUAG